UAAACAACAAAAAAAAAAUAAAAAAAUAAAUAGACUAGAACAAUAAUACCUAGGCAAGUAAGGAAACAAGAACAGAUGAUCAGCUGCGUCAUUAGAGUCUUAAGUCAAUAAUUAAAACAUAAGUUGUUGGCUUAGUGAAAAUGAGCGAACUGACUCCUGAUGAGAUUCGCCGAAGACGUUUAGCGAGGCUUCAAGGUGCCAGUGAGCAGUCCAGUCUCCCAGUCACACCAGUUUCCCCAGCUCUAAUGACUGGGGAUAUCAUUCAGCCAUCUAAAUCACCUCUUAGCACUCCUCAGUCAGAAGCACAUCAAAAAGUUCAAAGCUUACCAUCACCUAAUGGAGCCAAUAUGGAUGUUGAUAGUACUGACACGACCGGGGAAUCACAGAUUGACAAAGGACAAUCACAGAUGGAUGUAGAUUCAGGUAUAGAAACAAUGGAAGUGGAAGAGCACCCAGAACCUAAAAGAAAAAGAAACAUUAGUGUUGGUUCUGAAGCCUCGGAAGAUCAAGUAAAAAGGUCCUUGUGUCGAGUUUUUUGCAUUUCUUGGGAAGAAUUGAACAGUACUCAGAAUGUGUUGUAUCUCAGGGAAAUUGCUGAUGUUGCAGCCACCUCAACUACUAAAUUUUCAGAUCUACGAGAUUUUGUGAAUCAGAUAAUCAUGGAAGCUAUUAUAAAACUGCAAGAAACAACAACCGACAGUUCUCACGGUGAAACUAAAUUACCACAUUCAAAUGAAAUUGGGUAUUGGCAAGGAACUAGCUACCACAGCUUCAGAGAAUUCAGUUCAAAAAUUACAGUCAACUCAUCUGCUGAACUCAGUAUACUCAAAUAUUUAAUUGAUUGCUAUGACAGGGUUGCUCUGGAAGAGAAGAACUCUCCAAAGAAAACCAGUAUACCUCCAAUGAGUGAUGCCUUGUUCAUAGCCAGGCACCAGUGUGUUAGUUACUCUGCACUAGCAUUACAAGGGGCUUUUACACAAACAAGAACGCACACAGGUUAUUCUCCCUUGAUUCCCUUCCUUCUCUCACACAAUCUACCCAGAGGCUUUUUAUCUGAGUUGGUGCACACAUAUCAUCAGGACAUGGAGAAUCUACAUGCUAUUUUCGACCCAGUGAUUCAGUAUCUAUCCAGAUGUAUAGCAAGCUUGGGCUUGAAUAAUGAUAAGUAUCGUGACUAUCUCUCAUCAAUGGUUGAGCUUUGUAGCAUCAAAACUUCAAACAGUCGUCCUAUUUGUAACCUGCUUGUUGAACAAAGUAACUGGCUUCCAGAACCUGUUAGCCAGGCCUCUGGCAUGGAAGUAGAGAAGUUAACAUUGCUAGGACCUUUUCUUGGACUCUCUGUCUUUGCUGAGGAUGAUGUGAAGGUCGUAGAUGAGUAUUUCGCAAAUCAUCACAUGUCGCAAGACAAUGCAUGGGCCAUUUAUAAAUCUCUGAUGGGCAGCCUUGAAGAUGUUAGGACUCAAUGCUUCCAUAUCAUUCACAAUCUUUUAUUGAACACACCCACAAGAGAAGCCACACUUACAUUAAUUUCAAAAAUUUUGGAACGCAAUGCCAAGCGCUCCCAGAUUCAGUUUGAUGAAAGAUUUCUAUGUGGUGAUGGCUUCAUGUUGAAUCUAAUGUCCGUCCUUCAGAAGCUGUCUGAGAAAAUUGAUCUUGACAAAAUUGACAUAUACUACCCAUUCCAUCAUACAACAAGAAUCAGCCUUGCUGGCAAGUCCCGCAUGCGUUUCACAGAAAAGGAGGCAGAGGAAUGGGGACAACAGCUUUGUGUUUCUUCUGCUGAAAGUUCUGUGAAGUUCUCAACAGAAUGUUUCUUUUUGACCCUCCAUUGCCAUCACUUGUCUAUACUGCCUGUGACCCGCAAGUACCAGCGGCGCCUGCGUGCAAUCAGAGAUCUUCAUCGCCUGAUUUCCGAGAUGGAGGCUGCAGAGCCCCAGUGGAAAAAUUUACCUACAGCACACCGCAGCAGGGAGCAGCUAAAAAAAUGGAAAUCACAAUAUCAGAGACUUCAGAAGAGUAAAAUGUGUGCUGAUGCUGGGGUCCUGGAUAAGGACAUGCUUCUGCGUUGUCUCUCAUUUUACACUCGCACAGCAGAUUUACUCAUGAGAAUAGCUGAUCCUGCAAACAGAUGCCAAGUAGUUCCUCUCCCAAAAGACAUUCCUGGCUAUUUUUCUGCUCUACCAGAGUUUUACUUAGAAGACAUGGCAGAUUUUAUUCUCUUUGCAUUGCAGUAUAUGCCAGUCGGUUUGGUAGAAGCAGAGCACAGGCGAAUGACUCAGCUGGUGUUGGUCAUGCUGUGUUCACAGAACUACCUUCGCAACCCCUACCUGACUGCCAAGCUUGUGGAAGUGUUGUUUGUUCUCCAGCCCAGCAUACAACCCAAGACAGAGAGCUUGAAUGUGGAGCUCCUCAUGUCAGAGACUGCCAUCAAUAAUCUGGUACCAUCAUUGAUGAAGUUCUAUACAGAUGUUGAAUCCACUGGUGCCAGUAGUGAGUUCUAUGACAAGUUUACCAUCAGGUACCACAUAAGUAUUAUAUUUAAGACCAUGUGGACAAUGCCAGCUCAUCAAAUCAAAUUUAUGGAAGAAGCUAAAUCUGGUAAACAGUUUGUGCGGUUCAUAAAUAUGUUAAUGAAUGACACAACAUACUUACUGGAUGAGAGUUUGGACUGUCUCAAACGGAUCCAUGAAGUUCAAGAACUAAUGGACAGUCCUGCUAAAUGGAAUGCCCUGAGCAAAGAACAACAGCAGACCAAGUCCAGGCAGCUUUCAUCUGAUGAGCGUCAGUGUCGUAACUACUUGACUCUGGCCACAGAAACUGUUGAGAUGUUUCAUUAUUUGUCCACUAAAAUUGUUGAGCCUUUCUUAGUGCCUGAGCUUGCUGACCGCCUCACAGCUAUGCUCAACUUUAACCUGCAGCAGCUGUGUGGCCCCAAGUGUAAAAACUUGAAAGUAAAAACUCCGGACAAAUAUGGCUGGGAGCCUAAAAAACUUUUGAACAUUUUAACAGACAUCUAUCUUCAUUUAGACUGUGAAGACUUUGCAAAAGCAAUCGCUAAUGAUGAGAGAUCCUACAGAAAAGAACUUUUUGACAAUGCCAUUGACUGCAUUAAGAAAGCUUGCAUCAAGACAGAGGAUGAAAUAAACUCAUUCUCAGAUUUGCAAAACAGAGUAGAAGCUUAUGUUGUCCAGAAGCACAAAUCUGAAAUGGAUUAUGGAGAUAUUCCUGAAGAAUUUAAAGAUCCUCUCAUGGAUACAUUGAUGGAUAAUCCAGUCAUACUUCCCAGUGGUACCAUCAUGGACAGGGCCAUAAUCAUCCGUCAUCUACUAAACUCUCAAACAGAUCCCUUCAAUAGGCAGCCUCUUAAAGAAGAACAACUAAUACCAGCCACAGACUUAAAACUAAGAAUUGACAAAUGGAUGGAGGACAAAAGGAAAUCCAGUUAAAAUUGGAAGUGUAUCAAAAGAAUUUUGAUUGCUAGCUUUGGGUGUUGUGAUUUCAUAGUAGGGAAUCAGACUUUGGACUGUUGCCAGUUUGUGAACAGAUUAUUACAGCCCUCUUACAUUGUAAACUAAAUACAGAAUGAGUUUUUAUUUAAAGUUUGUUUUUUUUUCAAAUAAACAACAGCAAAAACAGAACUGGUGUUAUUAAAAAAUAUAUAAAUAUUUUGUUCAAAUUGUGUCUAUGAUUUAAAUUAAGAAAUUUUAAUGGUAUAAGUAGCAUUCUGACCAUUAAGUUUUAGUAGUUGGAUUUUUUAUCAAAAUCACAAAGGCUUUCAAAUAUCUAAUAAAACAUCUUCCAACUAUGUAAAAUUUAAUCUCACUGGACGAUGAUAUUGUAAAAAAGUUUUAUGCUGUUCUAUUCAGUAAAAGUUUUGAUACUGUACAUGCAGUGUGUUUAGUUUUCAAUUUAUUUCUUAUUUAAAUAAGGCAUUUUUGAUUUUUUGAAUCAUUACAUUGAAGAUUUAAAAAAAAAAAAAAUCUAGUUUGUACACUUAACUGAUGUAUGUCUCCAUGUUGUUAACACAAAUAAAAGAUGUCACUUUUUUGUUGGCAUUGGAUGGUG